AUGACAUCCAAAGAGUUGCCGGUCAUCAACGGCUACCAUGCUCCAAACAAAGAUCAGAUCAUUUCGCCGCUAUCCUCUAUGCACGAUGUUUGGAGAACGAUACUGGUGCGAUUCAAACUGAACACCUAUGCGAUCAAGAAGCGAUUCGACCAGUACACGGCAUUAUGCAAAGAGUUGGGCUUGCAACGGGAUGAAUGGUGCGACUCGGUCUUUUUGAACGACCAUGAAAAGCUUCUCAAACUCACGGCCACGUUUGAAAUGGCGCUGAUGCCAUCAGAACGCGGGUUGGAAAUCUGGCAGAUCGAAGAACGGUACCGGACUCUAGCACAGCUUCAAUCUACCUUGGGGUCCUUUUUCGAGCGUGCUUGCCCUGCGUACGACGAAUCCAAAAUGCCUUGGUUCUUCGAUUCAUCCUACUACCAGUCCCGCGGUGUGAAUUACGACCGCUUCGCGUCGCCGGAUGUGCGGGACCGCGAACAACAACUGCUGGAGACCCUGCAGCUGGGCUCGAACCAAAACCCCAAGCUUCUCCUGACGUCAAGUGGCAUGGCGGCGUUUACCGUCAUUCAGCACUACAUUGUCCAGCAACUCGGGCAUGGCGAUGUCGUGGCGAUCUCCCCUUACAUUUACUUUGAAUCAUUUCACAUCAUCCGCUCCCAGAAAUCCUUGUCCGUGGUGAACUCCAAAGGCUAUGAUCCAGAAAGCCUGAUUGAGACGGCCGAGAGACACAAUGCCCGAGCGGUUUUCCUCGACCCAAUGUGCAACACCGUGGGACUGGACACCAUGGACAUACGCCGAUUUGCCCGCCUGGUGGCCCACCGAGAAGGCUGGGCCGAGCGUCUGGUGGUGAUUGAUGGAACGUUGGUGUCGGGGGGCAUGCAGCUAUAUGACUGGUUUACCGGCCCUCACUGUCCCAAGGUCCUCUACUACGAAAGCGCCCACAAAUACGUCCAGUUGGGCCUGGACCUCAUCAUGUGCGGAUACGUCGUGAUGCCGGAAGUUCUGGUGCCCGCGAUACAGUUGAUUCGGCAGACGACCGGAACCGUCCUGUACUCCCGAAACGCGUCUCUCCUGCCACCGAUUGACAAGACCGUUUAUAAUUUCCGAAUGUCUCGGUUGACCGCGAAUGCCGAGAAGCUGCACCGGUUGCUGGACGCCGGGAGCGGAAGCAUGGCCGAGGUGACUUUUCCUCAUCACUGGCGCGAGUACGGAUGGAGACACGGCGGCAACGUCGUCACGGUCCGCUUCUACGGAGAAGGCGCCAAUAAAAAGCCCAACUUGGAGCGCUGCUGUGACGAGAUUCUUCGCGCGGCGGAGGAAGAAGGAGUAGCGAUGAUCAAGGGGGCUAGCCUGGGCUUCUCCACCACCCGGAUUUUCGAGGCGGACGCAUUUUUCGAAAACACAGAUCCUUUCCUCCGCAUCUCCGUCGGGGUGCAGCCGGAGCACAUGGAGGGCGUCGCUAGAGCCCUCCUCAGUGGAAUGAAGCGGUACUGUGUGUCGGCUACGCCCGUUAACCUCGACGUGGGCCGGCAGCUUUACGAUCCCAGCUUCUAUAACGCCAUGAUGAGCAUGCUGGAGGUGCGGGCAAAGUACACCAAGGAUCGGGUGGUUUUUAUGAAGGGGGAAUGGUUGGUUCCUAUUCUGAGAGCACUCGGGGCCAAGGAGGAGGAUUUUGAUGCUCUCCAGCAAGUCAGCCAUCACCUGGGCAAGGACCCCACGGUAGACUACCGAACCAUCCGGAACGGUCUGUUCUGUUUCGACUUUGAGUCCAAGGCACUCCGACGACUUGAAAAACAACGCUUCACCCUCACCGUGGAAGAGAACUACAAGCGUCACGACUCUGGAUUAGCCCGUGAUUUCCCCGAAGUCAGGGGAGACCUUCAAUACAACACUGUCUUGCAAGCCCUGAUGGUGGUCAAGGCAUUUAUUAUGAACAAAGUCGACAUCAAACCUCGUGCCCACCUGGACUACUCGAGCCAGCAAUUCCUGUGCAACGUGUUCAACAUCCGAACCUUCACCGAGAAGACUAUCCUCGGUGAGCCGACCCUGGAAGGUGUGCACGCAGAUGGGGCGGAUCAUACGAUGACCACCUUCUUGGGAAGCACCAACAUGAGGGCCGACAGUGGAAUCACCUUCAUUCACGACUUGAAGGAGAUCACCGGCACCCCGGCCUGUGACGCGCAUCCAAGUCUCAUCCUGCACCAGUUCCAACAUCGUCACUUUCUGGACUCUCUCCUCUUUGCCGAUAAUGAGUCCAAGCACAGUCUCACGUCUGUCUUUCAGGAGGAUGUGUCGAAGCGUGCAACGCGAGAUAUGCUGCUCUUUCUUACCCGCAAGCCUAAGAUAGCGGGCCAUCCGUCGGGAAGCCUCGAUGCUAUGGAAACCCAUAAGACCCUUCCGAUGAACGUCCCCUUGUGGUUAUAA